CCCCACCGCCAACCCGAGGACCGCCUCUUCAAACACCUCUUCAGGGGCUAUAACCGCUGGGUGCGCCCGGUGCCCAACACCUCGGACGUGGUGAUCGUGCGAUUCGGGCUGUCUAUCGCCCAGCUCAUCGAUGUGGUGCGCCUGUCCUAGGGGCCCUUGUCCCAGAGUCAGGCCCCAGACCCCCUCUUUACCGGCUGCUUCCCCAGCUCCCCCUGGCCCCAGCCCCGCCCUCUCCUUGACCUCAGAGGCUGCUUCGUUCCCCUCACCCAUCCUCCACCUCACCCGUCCUCCACAACCCCCCAGGCCUGGAGUCCCUCCUAGGAGGGCGUUGACUGGCAACAGUGCCCGUGUGACCCUGAUUAAGACUCUGAUUAAGGGUGGCAGCAUCUUGCAAUGGGCUGUGCUUGCAAGGCCUGAAAUAGUCCCUGCCACUUUGCCUGUUUUCUGGGGCUGAGUCCAUCUCUCUGUUCCUCCUCUUUCUGCUCCCUUCCAGGACGAGAAGAACCAAAUGAUGACCACAAACGUCUGGCUAAAGCAGGUGAGGGUCCUCCUCUGGUCCCAGCAGGAGGAGGGCAGGAAUCCAUGAACCCCCAGCCUUCCCAGCGCUCGGUCACUAAGGUGGGGGGCCAAGGAACAGGAGAUUCUGAAUUCACAGCUACCCCUUGGGGGGCUCCAGAAGUUCCCCACUAGGACAGCCGGGGAGUGUUUGUGCUCUUGUGUAGCUGGGUUCUCGCCCAAUGCCUGAGGAUGUCACCCAUCAGAGCUCAGUGAUGCUUUCCAGGACAUAGGCACUCCAUGUGUUCCUGCUGCUGAGGAGUCAUCACCAAAGCCUCCCAGGGGUUUCAUUCUGCCCCUGAACAGCUGAGGGAAGCGGGGAGCAGAGCGUUCGAGCCAGGGAAGGGGUGCCAGCUGUGCCCAGCUCGGAGCACUGAGCACUGAGCACCGAGCACCCCAUGUCUAUACCCCCAACUAACCCUUGAGUGACGCCUGGUUUAUUCCAUCUCCUGAUUUUGCAGCCAGGAGUUUGGGUGGUUUCUUGUGCUUUAUGGGGUGAAUACUGGGGUGGUCUUUGGUGGCUGAUCUGGAGGGUCUAGGACAGCUUCACUCACAGGUCUUCCCCUCAGCAGGGAUGGCUGGAGGGAAAACUUUGGAUGGUUCUGGAGGGUCCAGCUGGGUCCCCUGCCCUCUUCAGCAGGGGAGUCAGAGUUCUUGCCUCAAGGCUCAGGGAUCUCAGAGGGUGGGUCUCAAGAGACAGGGAACUGGAAGAAAUUGGUCCAGUGUCCUGUCUGUCCUGCUCUAUCGGUCAAGCAGUCGCGGAGCCCCCAGUUGGAUUUAGGGAGGGGACCCAGAUCCUGCUUAGGCUGGAGGCUUUGACCCCUCUGAUGCUGUCACUCAGGGGCUGUUAGGGAGUUGCUUGGGUCAUCUUUGAGAUGUGCCAACUGAGGGCCCGAGUGAUGAAGGGACUUGGAGAGACCCACAGUCACGACUCAUGUGCAUUUAGGGAGAGGUAAGCCUAGAGUCUAGGCUGCCAAAGCUGUCCCAUGGGCCUGUCCCCUCAGCUUUAGGGGCUGAGGGUGGAGGGGUGAGGAAGCAGCACUGGACUGGGGGUCAGGCCAGCCAGUGCUGCUUCUGAUUAGCCUGUGAUACUGACCAAGCUACUUAACCCUGGAGCCCCAGUUUCCUCAUCUGUAAAAUGGGGAUAAUACAAUCUAUGGCCACAUGCCAGAGAGGAUCAGUAUACUCCAAUUUGGGGUAGGUGCCCCCCAAAUAUUGGUUGAAAACUUGGCAGAUGAACUUCUUUCUCUAGAGAACAAGACUUGAUUUGGGGUUGGGUGACUGAUUUGGAUAUGCUUUGGUAGAAGCCAGGGUGAGGCCCAGAGCACCCCCUCUUUGGUGGGAAGCCCAGGCAGUGCUUGGCAGCACAGUUUGGAGCUCCCUGGUUAACUGUCCUGUCUCAACUGUGUGCCUCUGGGAGGUGUUUUUUUCCCUCUCUGGUCCUCAGUUUCUUCAGGGAGAUGAUGCCACCUGCUCAGCAGCCCCUGCCUGGUCUGCGGUGGAGGCCCUUCCUGGAUCGGGGGUUCAGAAAACACGCAAACUGUGAAGACUAAAAAUGGAGUGGAAUGACUACAAGCUGCGCUGGAAUCCAGCUGAGUUCGGCAACAUCACUUCCCUCCGGGUCCCUUCCGAGAUGAUCUGGACCCCUGACAUUGUCCUCUACAACAAUGCAGAUGGAGAGUUUGCAGUGACCCACAUGACCAAGGCCCACCUCUUCUUCACCGGCACCUUGCACUGGGUGCCCCCUGCCAUCUACAAGAGCUCCUGCAGCAUCGACGUCACCUUCUUCCCCUUCGACCAGCAGAGGUGCAAGAUGAAGUUCGGCUCCUGGACCUAUGACAAGGCCAACAUCGACCUGGAGCAGAUGGAGCAGGCAGUGGACCUGAAGGACUACUGGGAGAGCGGGGAGUGGGCCAUUGUCAACGCCACGGGCACCUACAAUUCCAAGAAGUAUGAUUGCUGCGCUGAGAUCUACCCUGACGUCACGUACACCUUGGUGAUCCGGCGGCUGCCGCUGUUCUACACAGUGAACCUCAUCAUCCCCUGCCUGCUCAUCUCCUGCCUCACCGUGCUGGUCUUCUAUCUGCCGUCCGACUGCGCCGAGAAGGUCACGCUGUGCAUCUCCGUGCUGCUGUCCCUCACCGUCUUCCUGCUGCUCAUCACCGAGAUCAUCCCGUCCACCUCGCUGGUCAUCCCGCUCAUCGGCGAGUACCUGCUCUUCACCAUGAUCUUCGUCACCCUGUCCAUCGUCAUCACUGUCUUUGUGCUCAAUGUGCACCACCGCUCGCCCAGCACCCACACCAUGCCGGGCUGGGUGCGGGGGGCCCUCCUGGGGUGUGUGCCCCGCUGGCUUCUGAUGAACCGGCCCCCAUCGCCCUUGGAGCUCCGAAAGCCUGCUGGCCUGAAGCUCAGCCCCUCUUACCACUGGCUGGAGACCAACGUGGAUGCCGAGGAGAGGGAGGUGCUGGCAGUGGAGGAAGACAGAUGGGCGCGCGCUGCUUACUCUGCCACCCCGGCCAGCACCCUCCACAGCCACGGUGGCCUGCCUGGUCCCAAGGCUGAGGCUUCACUGCAGGAGAGUGAGAUCCUGCUGUCUCCUCGCAUGCAGAAGGCACUAGAAGGCGUGCUUUAUAUUGCUGACCACCUGCGUGCUGAGGAUGCGGACUCUUCGGUGAAGGAGGACUGGAAGUACGUCGCCAUGGUCAUUGACAGGAUAUUCCUCUGGCUGUUCAUUGUCGUCUGCUUUCUGGGCACUGUUGGCCUUUUCCUUCCUCCCUUCCUGGCUGGAAUGAUCUGACCCUGCAUCCCUUCUGUUGCUCCCAGAUGGUCCUGCUGGCCACCUGUUGACCACCCUUAACAGUACUUGCCUCUAGAGUAGCCUCUGGGGUGGACACCAUCUACCCGCAGGUCCCUCUCCAUGGGCUCCCUGCACCGGCUCAGGCUGAGUCACUGGGGUCUUAACUGAGUACUGAGUGCUGAGAAGCUACUGGCACAAAGCCCAGUUCCAGGUGCUGAGAGAGAGGGAGGAGUCUGCAGGGAGUUAGGACAUGGCAGCAAGAUGGGGCGACACGGGCAGGACCAGAUUAUCCAGCAAGGGCAGUGCAGCCUUCACACUGGCGGGCCAAGGCUGGAUGGAGAGGAAGGGGACAAGGUGCCCUGGGGUGGAAGAGUUCUGAAUGACAUUUUGGGUUUGGGAAUGAGCCCUGGUGCCAGGGACAGCAGCUGGGGCAUGGGGCUCUGUUGUGAGGAGCAGUGGGAAGAGGUUGGAGAGGCCGGCUGGGGUUUCUCUAAACCAGGCUGAACAUGAGGUUCAGAGUCUGAGCCUGCAGGGUUCAGAGCUGCUGGGCACAGCAGAAAGGGCAGGGCCUGCAUAGAGGGACCCUCUCAGAGGAGGGAGAGAUGGGUGGACGCAGGUAGCUGGACUGUUCUGCCCACCUGGAAGCACCUUGGAGCCCCCAGCCUCCCCUUUAAUGCCUGCCCUCUUCCUUCCUCGCUGCAGAGGGGCUCAGCCCUAGCAGGGCCCCAGGAGGUCUGGGAGACCCAGGCGCCACUGCCUGCAGAUUGCUGUCCUUAAACAUGCAGUAGACAGACUGGAAACAACCUCCUGAGCUGCUGUUGGCUCCAUUCAAACUGGUGGCGUGUCCAGACUGUCCUCCCUCCUCCGGCCUCGGCACUGCUCCAUCAGCUCAUUUCAGAAUUUAAGAUGUUUCUUUUGCUUUCUCUGAUUGAUUCUGAACUCCUUCAGGGCAGGGCCUCUGUCCUGUAUUUGUCUUGGGGCCCAGCACCCAAGCACAGCUCCAGGUGAGUCAUGAUCAGUGCUUGGCACCUCUGCGUGGUUGAAGGGAACGAAGUGGAUCAUCUUGGACCCAAGACCACUGUGUUCAGGGCAAAGCUGUAGGACUGUGCCCUUCCCAGCCUGUUCCUCCCAGAGCCCUAGAUGUGUCUGACCUGCCCUGAACCCUUCUGUGUAGCUGUUCUUGUGCCUUGGACUACGCACUUGGGGGGCUGCAGCUGUGUGCAGAACCUGGCCGAGCUGCUGCUCCUGGGUAUCAGGAGUGGGGAUCAGCCCGAGGUCCAGCCCCCGAGGGCAGGACCUCAGCAGCUAACAGACAUGGGCAUUGGGUUCUGCGGACAGUGUGGCCACUUUGGGCAGGAAGCUGAGCAAAGUGAGCUUCUGGUUUG